UUGGUAUUUGCGUUAUCAGGUCGAACACCACACUACGGUGCGGCAACACCGGCUUAUGAAGGUGGUCGUACACCAGUACACUCGUCGUCGGCAUGGGAUCCAACGGUGACGAACACACCAGCACAUACGCUGAACGACGAUGUGAUGCAAUACGACGAACCGGAUUCGCCCUUCAACGUGCCAUCACCUGGUACUUUGAACCCACAAACGCCUGGUUAUAAUCCAGACACACCAAUGGGUACUUUUUUUUUAAUUUUAUGUGUAUUCCUCACGAAAAAUGUGGAAUGGAUAUGGAUUUAA